CCCGGAGCCUAUAAGGGCCUCGCCCCCGCCGGGCCGCUCAGUCCCGACCCGCAGCGCAGCCCCCACCCCGCAGAGUCCUCUGCGCCCGCACCCGCCGCCCAGCCAUGGAGGCCAUCAAGAAGAAGAUGCAGAUGCUUAAGCUGGACAAGGAGAACGCCAUCGACCGCGCCGAGCAGGCCGAGUCGGACAAGAAGGCCGCCGAGGAGAAGUGCAAGCAGGUGGAAGAGGAGCUGACACACCUCCAGAAGAAGCUGAAGGGGACGGAGGAUGAGUUGGACAAAUACUCCGAGAACCUGAAGGACGCACAGGAGAAGCUGGAGCUGACGGAGAAGAAAGCCUCCGACGCCGAAGGGGAUGUGGCCGCUCUCAAUCGACGCAUCCAGCUUGUUGAGGAGGAGCUGGACAGGGCUCAGGAGCGACUGGCCACAGCCCUGCAGAAGCUGGAGGAGGCAGAAAAGGCCGCGGAUGAGAGCGAGAGAGGAAUGAAGGUGAUAGAAAACCGGGCCAUGAAAGAUGAGGAAAAGAUGGAAAUCCAGGAGAUGCAGCUCAAAGAGGCCAAGCACAUUGCCGAGGAGGCCGACCGCAAGUACGAGGAGGUGGCUCGUAAAUUGGUCAUCCUGGAGGGCGAGCUGGAGAGGGCAGAGGAGCGCGCAGAGGUGUCCGAACUAAAAUGUGGUGACCUGGAAGAAGAACUCAAGAACGUCACGAACAAUCUGAAAUCACUCGAGGCUGCCUCUGAGAAGUAUUCUGAAAAGGAGGAUAAAUACGAAGAAGAAAUUAAACUUUUGUCCGACAAACUGAAAGAGGCUGAGACCCGUGCUGAAUUUGCAGAGAGAACGGUUGCAAAACUGGAAAAGACGAUCGAUGACCUGGAAGAUGAGCUAUAUGCUCAGAAGCUCAAGUACAAAGCUAUCAGCGAGGAACUGGACCAUGCUCUCAACGACAUGACCUCUCUCUAAGAGGGAGCUGGGGUGCCGCCCUCUGUCCUAGCAAUACUGAAGUUUGCCUUCUCACUGUGGUGCCUACAGUCCCGUGGGCUUCUCGAAGCUCCAGUGGUCUGCCUCCUGGUUUGGUCUUUCAAGCCUUCCUCUGCUGUGUCUGUGACUGUGUGACUGUGUGACUGAAAUAAAGACAGGCCUCCUCAUGCCCAGGCCCUCUCAUUUUCAUGUUCUUCCCUUGCCGCUUUUGAGCCGUAGCUGUGAUGCCCUGGACCGUGGCUACAACAGAAAGUGGGUGGUUCCAAUGAAGAGCUCAUUUCAAAAAGAAAGUUAUGCCCACAUGAUUCUUUUCCGACGAUACGAAAACAAACGCCAAUUUGGCAUGAGCUCUCAAAUACGUUGCUAGCGAACUAUAUCUGCGUGCCGAUAGCAGUAUUUCCUUAAAUAGAAAUUGUUUUUGAAUGGAGACUCAUCCGACCUCUUAAGCAGCUUAAUAGAGUCAGCAGAAUGUGCAAAAGCUGGCAGGCUCGUGUCUACAAAGAGGCUACUCUUGAGCGGGUUUUGAUCUACGGAUUCAAAAAGCGGCAAUGGCAUUUUGUGGUCUCUUUAUUCCACCUUUUCACACGUGUUCUCUGUGUUACUCUCUGAGAAUGGUGUCUAGGGUCCCCUAUAUCUUCAUUGUUCACGGAACAUCUAUCCAGCCCUCCCAGUCCUGGGAGGAAGUUCACCAGGGAACCUCACCUCUAUACCCUGCCCUUAGAAGACAACUAUACAAGGAAUUAAAGAGCAUCCCAUUAGCAGGGAAAGGGAGUGGAGGCUGCUGGAAAGCCAGACAAAGAGAAAGGAUGCAUUCCUGAGUUCCAAACAAAGUUGCCUGAGAUGCUAACAUCUCCUCAUACGUGAUUUAACUAGAACCGGGAACCUUGCCUUGGUUUGGUGAGCACUCAUAAAGUUAGCCUGUGGGUAUAUUAAAAAAAAAAAUUAGCCUGUGGGUAUUAAGAGGUCACACUGAAAGUGACCAAAAGCUCAUACAUUUUUCCAUAAGAAUGCACAUUUCAAAUAUUUUUAUCCACUUCCCUGUACCCACCCCCAAAUUAUCCCAGAAACACUGACAUGUUAGUGUCAAGUCUUGUAGACUGCCCCUUGGACCUGGGAGUGGCAGGAAAAUCUCCAGUUAGAUCGAUUUUUUUGUCACUGUAGCUUAUUCCUCAGCCGGUAAUUUCUUACUCAGGUGGGUUCUUUGUAUUCACCCCUCCAAAGUCCAUCUCCCUUAAACGACCCACACCCUUCUACUCCCAGCCUCUCCCUGGUGUCCUAUCAUCCCCUCUGAAUUUUUGCAUAAGCCACUCCCCUCACACACUGCCAUACUUACGCCCCUGGGAAAAUUAGCCUAUGAAGGGGUGUGGGUGUUUUUUGUUUUCUCUCUGUGUAUAUUUGUUCCUGGGACUUUUCCAGACCUAGGUAUCCUCCACCCUUUGAAAUAACUGCAGCCCUGCUUAUCCAGUCGUUCAGCUUAACUGAGCAACUAGGUGGAGCCUCAUGUACAGAGAUUAGGGCUACAGAAAUCUACGACUACCUGUUAUUUUAUCUGACACCUACCACAAAGUAGAUGCCAGGGAAUCUAAGUGGUGAGUUGAGGUCAGCAUCUGUAGUGGGGAGACCUGGGUGUGAAUCCCAGCCCUGCCAUUUCAGCCGUGGGACCCUGAAUGAGCCGCUUCACUUUUCUGCAAAACGAAAGCGAUGUCUUGGUUGGUAAAGAUUAGGAGAGACCAUGGAGACAUUGGCUCACGCCGAACUGGCGCCGUCCGUCCAGAUUCGUCGGGCCCGGGUCACUCUUCCUUUCUGACAGAAUCCGCCCAGAUCGUAGCAACUUGAGGUUCUAAGGGCCUCAUCGGAUGAAAGGCCCAGCGGUUGUAGUUGAAAGAUUGCCACCUUCGCAGCCUUUUUUUUUUUUUUUUUUUUUCUGAAAAUGUCCAAGCUGAUCCUAUCACAUUUUUAGGAGGCAUUUUGCUUUCCUCCAGUAUUUUAAUGAUUCUUGGCCUAGUCCUCUUAUCAGCCAUCACUCACUGCAAACAGGUUCUGUCCUGAGCUCUGUCACGCAUAGCUCUAAAUGGCAUCUCACUGUUUUAGUUUUUAAAUUUUUUAUUUUAUCAGCUCGGUCAUUUAAUAAUUCACCCGUAAUCUUAGAUUUUAGUCAUGCUGCAUUUCUCUGGGGUUUGACUACAUCGCUGUGGACACACGGACACAAAAACACAAUUAUGCCUGGAAUUUAAAUGGCCGUUCCCAGAAGCUCCAAAGGAGAAAACGGGUUUCAGGAUUAUAGUUUCCUACCAAAGGCCACCAAACUGGCACUAGGGGAGAAAUGUCCUGUUUCCCAGAUCUGAUGUUUGUGUAGCACUUCAGAAGUUCUGUAGGGUGUCUCAUUUAUUAUCUCCUUAUGAUAAUUCCCACACCACACAUUGUUGUCGUUAUCCUUGACAGACGGGGAAACGGAGAUGUAGCAAGAUUAAAUGCCUUAUUUCAGAGGGACGGCUGGGGCUUACAUCCAGGUGUUCUAACUCCAGACUGC